AUUUGUUGUAAUGACAGAAAUGAAGUAUUAGUGAUACAAGAGAAAUAUUUGUGGCCUUUUAGGAAGCAAAUCACAUUGGAAGUUACCAGGAGGACUAGCUAAUACAGGGGAAGAUCUAAGAGAAACUGCACAAAGAGAAGUGAUGGAGGAGACCGGCAUCGAGUCAGAAUUUGUAUCAUUACUGUGCUUUCGACAAAAACAUGAUUAUAAAUUUGGACGAUCUGAUUUGUAUUUUAUUUGCAUCAUGAAAGCAAAGACAUUAGACAUCAGACCAUGUCCGAAUGAAGUCAAAGCAUGUCAAUGGAUGAAAAUUGAAGACUUUGCAUCGCAUCCAGAUGUCACAGACACCAAUCGAUUCAUUAUAAAGUCUUACAUGGAGAGUUUGAAACAUGAACAUCACAUAGUUCCCACAGACGUUCUUGACUAUAGACGCAAAAUAACACAGCCUAUCUACAGCAUCAAGGCACAAACAGACUACUAGAGAUACGGUUACUCAGGAAUAAAACACUGACAAAUGAUUUGUCACCAAUGGGUUAACAUUCACAACUCAUUCUCAGGCAUGACACAUAGUGUUACUCAGUUUUAAAGCAUUAGCAGAACUUUCAGGUUAUAUCCAAACCUUUUAUAAGGGUUUUGAGAGACACUG